AUGGCUGAACCGGAUAUCGACAUUGAUUCUAUUAUUGAGAGGCUACUGGAAGUCCGUGGCUCUCGUCCAGGAAAGCAGGUGCAGUUGGUUGAAAAUGAGAUCAAGUUCUUAUGCACUUCGGCUCGUGAGAUCUUCAUCAACCAGCCAAUCCUUCUAGAGUUGGAGGCACCAAUCAAAAUCUGUGGUGACAUCCAUGGACAAUAUUAUGAUUUACUUCGUCUAUUUGAAUAUGGUGGUUUCCCACCCGAUGCAAACUAUCUAUUCCUGGGAGACUAUGUCGACCGUGGCAAACAAUCGUUGGAGACCAUCUGUUUAUUAUUAGCCUACAAGAUCAAGUACCCCGAAAACUUCUUUAUCCUCCGUGGGAACCAUGAGUGUGCCAGUAUUAACAGGAUCUAUGGCUUCUAUGAUGAAUGUAAACGUCGGUACAAUAUCAAGCUCUGGAAGACCUUCACCGAUUGUUUCAAUUGUUUGCCCGUGGCUGCGAUCAUUGACGAAAAGAUCUUUUGUAUGCAUGGAGGACUCUCACCCGAUUUGUUGAACAUGGAACAGAUUCGACGGGUCAUGCGUCCGACAGAUGUUCCGGACACGGGUCUGCUCUGCGACUUGCUAUGGUCCGAUCCAGACAAGGAUAUCACUGGAUGGAGUGAAAACGAUCGGGGUGUCUCCUUCACCUUCGGUCCAGAUGUCGUCAGUCGGUUUUUACAAAAGCAUGACAUGGAUCUGAUCUGUCGUGCCCAUCAGGUCGUAGAGGAUGGAUACGAAUUCUUUGCGAAACGUCAAUUGGUCACCCUUUUCUCAGCCCCAAACUACUGUGGAGAAUUCGAUAACGCAGGCGCAAUGAUGAGUGUUGAUGAGACUCUGAUGUGCUCAUUCCAGAUUUUGAAACCAGCAGAGAAGAAGCAAAAAUAUACAUAUGGUGCAUUGGGCGCAGGGAGGCCGGUGACACCUCAGCGUGGCAAGAAGAAGAAGGAGAUGUCCAAGGUUACGUAA